AUGGUCAAUCAUAAGAAUAUAGAACUUGCACAAGUUAAAGUCAUAAAAAUUGCAUUGCAAAAAGGCAGAAAAUAUGAUAAUCUUGCAAAAAACUAUGGAGACUAUCUAAAGAAAUUGCGAGCUGAAAAGAAUCUAAAUGACUAUAUUAAGAUAGUCACAGUCAAGAUGUUUUCUAACGAAGAG